UUCAUUUUCUUAUUAAUAUUUCUGUACAUUUUUUUUUCGAAAAAUUCUUAUAUUUCUAAUAAAAUAUGGCAGAUUAUUUAGAUGCUGAAGCUGAAGAAAGUGAGGAGGAGGAAGAACUUGAUAUUAACGAAAGGAAAAAGCUUAAAAAAUUAAAAGCUAUGCAUGACAGUGACGAUGAAGAUGAUGAAGAAGAUGAAGGAGAAGUUCCAGGUCUUAUUGAUGAUAAUCCAAUCGAAGAUGACAAUGAUGGUGAAGAUAGUGAUGGAUCUGAUGAUUCUAGAAAACGUAAAAAAAGUGAUGAUGAAGAUUUUGAUGAUCGUUUAGAAGAUGAAGAUUAUGACCUACUUGAAGAAAAUUUAGGAGUUAAAGUUGAAAGGAAACGUCGUUUUAAGCGUUUACGUAGAAUACAAGAUGAAGAAUCAGAAGGAGAAGAAGAAAGAGAAGUAGAUGAUGAAAGAGAUGCAAUUGCUAAUGAAUUGUUUCAAGGGUCUGGAGAAGAAGAUGAAGAAAAAAGUGAAGUUAGCCAUAGAGGUGAAAUGGAAGGAUUUGAUGAGGAUGAAAGUGAAGAUGAAGAUGAUUUCAUUGUGGAUGGAGAUGGAAUACCUAUAACUGAAAAAAGAAAAAAAAGAAAACCUAUUUAUUCAGAUGCUGCUUUGCAAGAAGCUCAAGAUAUUUUUGGAAUCGAUUUUGAUUAUGACGAAUUUGGAAAGUAUGGCGAAGAUGAAUUUGAAGAGGAAGAAGAGGAAGAAGAGGAUGAAUACAUUCAUGACGAGAUAGAAGACCGACCUAGACGAUCAAAAAAACAUUUUAAGAAAAAAGGCACGAGACAAAGUAUUUUUGAAGUGUAUGAACCUAGCGAACUUAUACGCGGCCAUUUUACUGACGUGGACAAUGAGAUUCGAACUACAGAUGUUCCUGAGCGUAUGCAGCUUCGUGCCUUUCCUAUUACACCAACAGUAGAAGGUUCAGAUGAAUUAGAUCUUGAGGCAGAAUGGAUAUACAAACAAGCAUUCUGUCAACCAACAAUUUCAAUACAAGAUGCGAAUCUAAAUGAAGAAGCCAAAGAGAGAGCUAAAAAGGGUCCACAAACAGUCGGCAAAAUUAAGAAAGCUUUAGAUUUUAUGCGGAACCAGAACUUCGAAGUUCCGUUUAUUUCAUUUUAUAGAAAAGAAUAUGUUUCACCUGAGUUAAAUAUCAAUGAUUUAUGGAAAAUUUAUAAAUUCGAUAUAAAAUGGUGUCAGCUCAAACAGAGAAAAGAAAACUUACUGAAAUUAUUUGAAAAAAUGAGAAACUUUCAAUUAGAUAAUAUUAUGAAGAAUCCUGAUGCUCCACUACCCGAUAACGUACGACUUAUUAAAGACGAUGAUAUUGAACGACUUAAAAAUGUUCAAACAUUCGAAGAACUGAAUGAUAUUUAUCGACAUUUCAUGUUAUAUUAUAAUCAGGAUGUAUCAGCCAUGCAAGAAGAUGCACGCAAGAAAGAAAAAGAAGCAAGAAAGAAAGCUAAUUUAGAGAAAAGAAAACAAAAAAUUGCUGAAGCUGAAGAAAAUGGGGAAAAUCCUCCUGAAGAAUCUGUCGAUGUGGAGGAGGAAGAAGAAGUAGAUGAAUCAUUAAAACAGCCAGUUAGGAAAGGUCCUUACUACAUUUGUAGGAAAGCUGGUUUAGAAGGACUUGCUAAAAAAUUUGGCCUUUCUCCUGAACAUUUUGCUGAAAAUCUUCGGGAUAAUUAUCAACGUCACGAAGUAGAUCAGGAACCAACAGAACCAACAGUAGUAGCAGGUGAUUUUUGUUCAGCAAUUUUUAAAACAAAUGAUGAGGUACUUAAAGCGGCACAAUUAAUGGUUGCAAUUCAAUUAGCGCAUGAACCCCUAGUACGUAAAUGUAUUAGAGAAAUGUAUAUGGAAAGAGCAAAACUAUGUGUAAGACCAAAUAAAAGAGGACUAAAGGAGAUAGACGAAAGUCAUGCCAUUUAUGGAUUGAAAUAUCUUAAAGACAAGCCUGUACGAGAUCUUGUUAGUGAUCAAUUUCUAAAAUUAGUUAUGGCAGAAGAAGAUAAAUUAGUUACACUUUCCUUCAGUGAUAUGAUAGAAGGAAAUACCAGCAAUAAUUAUAUCGAUGAAAUAAAGCAAUUAUAUUACAGGGAUGAAUUUAGUAAAAGUGUACAAGAUUGGAAUACAUUAAGAACUGGUAGUGUUGAAAUAGCUUUGACUCGUAUCAUCAUACCGCAAUUAAAAAAGGAAUUGCGAUCUAAUCUUUUAUCGGAGGCAAAAGAAUGUAUCAUGAAAGCUUGUUGCCGCAAAAUGUAUAAUUGGAUAAAGAUUGCUCCAUACACUUGCGAAUUCCCUGAAGAAGAUGAUGAAGAAUGGAAUACUAGUAAAGGAAUUCGCGUGAUGGGUUUAGCUUAUGUACCUGAUCCAUCUCAAGCUGCUUUUACUUGCAUAGUUUCGCCAGAUGGAGAAUGUACCGAUUACCUGAGAUUACCGCAUUUAUUAAAGCGUAAAAAUAGUUUUAGAGAAAAUGAGAAAAUGAUGAAGGAGGCUGAUUUACUAGCAAUUAAAAAUUUGAUAGCCACUAAAAAGCCACAUGUUGUGGUAGUAAGUGGCGAAUCUAGAGAAGCAUUAAUGGUAGUAUCUGAUUUAAAAGAAUGUAUAUCCAAUCUUGUAGAAGAAGAACAAUUUCCUACAAUUCAAGUGGAAAUAUGUGAUAAUGAAGUUAAUAAAGUUUAUGCAAAUAGUAAUAGAGGUAUAGCUGAAUUUAGAGAUUAUCCAGAAUUAUUAAGACAAGCUAUAUCUUUAGCAAGAAGACUACAAGAUCCUUUGCUAGAGUUUUCUCAAUUAUGUACUGUAGAUGAAGAAAUUUUGUGCCUUAAAUAUCAUCCUUUGCAAGAUCAACUUCCUAAAGAUGAUCUUAUAGAAAAUUUAUAUUUAGAAUUUAUAAAUCGUAUAAAUGAAGUGGGAGUAGAUUUAAACAGAGCAGUUCAACAGCCUUAUACAGCAAAUUUAGUACAAUUUGUAUGUGGCUUAGGUCCGCGGAAAGGACAAGCACUGAUUAAAAUUUUGAAGCAAACAAAUCAGAGACUAGAAAAUAGAACACAACUUAUAACAGCAUGUCAUAUGGGACCUAAAGUAUUUGUUAACUGUGCUGGUUUUAUUAAGAUAGAUACAAAUAGUUUAGGGGACAGUACAGAGGCAUAUGUAGAAGUACUAGAUGGUUCGCGUGUCCAUCCAGAGACAUAUGAAUGGGCUAGGAAAAUGGCGGUAGAUGCUUUAGAAUAUGACGAUGAAGAUGCAAAUCCUGCUGGAGCUUUAGAAGAAAUUCUUGAGUCACCAGAAAGAUUAAAAGAUUUAGAUCUAGAUGCAUUUGCAGAGGAACUUGAAAGGCAGGGUUUUGGAAAUAAGUGCAUUACUCUUUACGAUAUAAGAGCCGAACUUAAUUGUAGAUACAAAGAUCUUCGUAUACCUUAUCAGUCUUUAAAUACAGAAAAAAUAUUUGAUAUUUUAAGUAAAGAAACCCCAGAAACUUUUUACGUCGGUAAAUUAGUUCUAGCAACAGUUGUUGGUAUAACUCGUAGAAAACCGCAAGGAGAUCAAUUAGAUCAAGCAAACCCUGUUCGAAAUGACGAAACUGGAUUAUGGCAAUGUCCAUUUUGUUUGAAAAAUGAUUUCCCAGAAUUGUCUGAGGUAUGGAACCAUUUUGAUGCUGGUGCAUGUCCUGGAAAAGCAACUGGAAUUCGUUUAAGAUUGGAUAAUGGAAUAUCUGGCUAUAUUCAUGUAAAAAAUUUGUCGGAUAAACACGUUGCUAACCCAGAAGAGAGAGUACGUGUCGGCCAAGUAAUUCAUUGUCGUAUAACAAAGAUCGAAGUAGAACGAUUCAGUAUUGAAUGUACUAGUAAGACAAGCGAUCUUAGUGAUAAAAAUCACGAAUGGCGACCGCAACGGGAUGUUUAUUAUGAUACGGAGGCAGAAGAGAAAGAUACAAAAACAGAAGAGGAUGCUAAAAAAAUACAGCAAAGACAAACUUAUGUCAAACGUGUUAUAAUUCACCCCAGUUUCCAUAAUAUAAGCUUUGCAGAAGUUGAAAAAUUAAUGCAAACUGUAAAACAAGGAGAAGCAGUAAUACGACCUAGUAGUAAAGGAGCCGAUCAUUUAACUGUAACAUGGAAAGUCACAGACAAUAUUUAUCAACACAUUGAUGUAAGAGAGGAAGGCAAAGAAAAUGCAUUCUCUUUAGGUCGAAGCUUAUGGAUCGGCAACGAAGAAUUCGAAGACUUAGAUGAAAUUAUCGCAAGACAUGUUAAUCCGAUGUCCGCAUAUGUUUUGGAACUUUUAGAGUUUAAAUAUUAUAAACCAAAUGUGGAAGGUAUCAAAGAUAAAGGAGAAGAAAUUUUAAAAGAAGAGAAAAAACAAAAUCCUGGUGGAAUACCAUAUAUUGUAUCAGCAGCUAAAAACUACCCUGGAAAAUUUUUACUCUCAUAUUUACCACGAACUCGUUGCCGUCAUGAAUAUGUUACUGUAACACCUGAUGGAUUCCGAUUCAGAGAUCAAAUGUUCAAUAGAGUGAGCGAUUUGUUUCGUUGGUUCAAGGAACAUUUUAGAGAUCCUAUACCAGGUCAAAGUACACCUGGUACUCCGCAUGGAGCUAUGACUUCCAGAACACCAUAUAAUGGUACACCAGGAGUAAAUGAAGUAAAUUCAGAUACAAUACAGAGAGUAGCACAGAAUAUGCCACAUCAUAUGCUACAUUCUCUCUCGAAAGUAGCAAAUCAGACUCCACAUCAUUAUCCACCAUAUACCCCAGGAGCUGCUAGUGUUAAUAACUAUGGAAUGUAUGGAAGUACACCAUAUACACCUUCUGGCCAAACACCAUUUAUGACCCCAUAUCAUACACCACAUCACACAUCUCAUCAUACCCAAACACCGAAUCACUCUCAAGGACCAUUUUUACAACCAAUUCCUCCUGCAAUUAAUUCAAAUUCACAUAGAACUGCAAGAUCACAUAGAUCUGUCUCUAAUGCUUCCAAUGCAACAAAUUGGACAAAAGCUGCAGAGGCAUGGGCUCGAUCAAAACAAUCUACUUCAAAAGAAUUUAAUACUACACCAAGAUAUGAUGAAUCUAGAAAAACUCCACGGAAUCAGGAAGUUCAAAAUGAGAAAAUAACUCCACGUAAUAGAACUCCAUCUGCUCGUACUCCAUCUUACAAAUCUCCUAGAGGAACUCCAUUUACGAAUUCUAGUCCCCGGAGUAUGUCUCUAAGUGGAGAUGGUACUCCUUUAUAUGAUGAAAGUUGAGAAAAUAAUGUUUCACAUGUAGCUAGGACACUUG